AUGAAUUCCAUCCAUCUCCAAGUCAAAGAGGAUGACCCUCCCAGCUACUACCUACAGAUACACUCCAUCAUCGAUUACUCCAUCCAGUCAUCCUCCACCUGCUCCGCCAAAGACGCAGCUAUAGCCCUGGACGCCAUAUACGUCGAACACGCAGCAGGCCCCGAAGGCGAUAGCGAGAGCUUCCUCUACGCCUUCUGGGACCUACUGCACAGUUCGCGCGCCAAAUCCCCCACGAUAGCACCCAACAGGAUGCGUUGGUUGCGACUAUCUGUGAACUGGUGCAAUUUCCACCGAAAACGCUCCGGUACCAUCUCGGAGGCGAGUAUCAGCAAUGGAGAGGGAUUUGGCCUUUUUUGGGGCGGAGAUUACCCAGACCUGGAUGGCGAUGACAAAAAGAAGCAACGGUUCUUGAAUCUGAUGGCCUAUGUGGCCCGAGUCAUGGCCUUCAGUCGCAUCCUCAUGGAAUCGAACGUCAUAUGGGCCCCGGAAGACGCCGUGGAGGGCAUCAUCAUCCGCGUUUGA